CUUCCGGUGCGGGGCCGGGGCGGGAACGGCGGCGGGGCCGGGAUGGCGCUGGACGCGCGGCGCCUGGAGGCGCUGAGCCUGCAGGAGCUCAGCGCGCUGCUGGACGACGAGGAGCAGCUCCAGGACAUGGCCCGCGAGAUGGAAGAGGCCCAAAACGUUCAGCACAGCAAGGACAUGACUCUUGCCAGCAACCGCAGCCUGGCAGAGGGAAAUCUCCUGUACCAGCCAAAGUUGGAGUCUCUGAAAUCAAAUUUAACUGAGAAAUACCAGGAGCUGCAAGUUCUUUUUGAGGCAUACCAGAUAAAGAAAACAAAACUAGACAGACAAUCCAGCAACGCUUCCCUGGAGACCCUGCUGGCCCUGCUGCAGACCGAGGGCGCCAAGAUUGAGGAGGACACAGAGAAUAUGGCAGAAAGGUUCCUUGACGGUGAAAUCCCGCUGGAUUCCUUCAUCGACGAGUACCAGAGCAAGAGGAAGCUGGCUCACCUGCGCCGGGUGAAGAUCGAGAAGCUGCAGGAGAUGGUGCUGAAGGGACAGAGACUCGCUCAGGCUCAGCCUCCGGCGCAGCCGAGGGCGGCCGAGCCCUCCGCGGCCCCCGGCGAUCCCUACCGGGAUGCGAGCCCUCCUCCGGCCGUGGUGCCGCGGCGGAUCCCGCCCCCGCCGCCCUCCGGACGCUUCCCCGCGCCCUUGGCGGGCCCGGCAGCGGCUCCGUACCCGCCCCUCCCGCCGCGGCCCGGGGCCGCCCAGCCCCCGAGCCAGCUGCCCCCGCCGGGGUGCCCGGCCCCGCUGGUGCCGCCCUAUCCUCCACCGCUGCCCCAGAGACCGCCUCGCCUUCCUCCACAUCCUGGCUUCAUCCUCCAGUAAAUGUUUGGGUGCGCCUGACUCUGGUAUUGGUGCUUAUAUUUCCUUUUCCCCCAUCAGAGACUUGCUGUGGGCAAUGGGAGCCUCUGUUCUUUGCACAAUUGGAGCACAAAGGCCGAGCUGUGGCACAGAGGUUUGCAAUUGCUUUGCUAAAUGUGAUGUUUGUUUGCAAAGGUCAGUGGUGACAAGGUUUUCCCAGGAAGGUGACGAGGUCUAAAUUCUGUAAAUCCAUCGAGUUGGGAAGGCACUGGCAGUGGAUUUGCUGAGCUACAAACAGAGCCACGCUCUGAAUUCCUCAGUGAUGGCAGAUCAGCAUCCUCCUGUGUUCGGAUGUGUUCCCUGGCAGCUGGAGGGAUGUGUGGCUCCCAGCUGGUUGUCCCUCUGAGGAAUUGUGUCACUUGUUGGGGUGGUGGCAGCCAUAUCUGACCCCUGCCUGCUGGGCAGGGCUGUGCACAGACCCCCAGCCCCUCCCCAGCCAGGGGCACGGGGCUUGCACAGCUCGCUGGGCUGGAGCUCCUGGCACAGCAGGGACAAGGACAAGAGUUUCAUUUCUGCAUUUCAGUUGUUACCUUAGACAGUGUGUAAUCAAAGUAGGCACUACUCCCACUCCUGAAGAGCUCAAUACCCUCAAAGUCCUGGUCCCUUGAAAUGAAACUAAACUGUUUGUAGAGCCAGUUUAGGGUUUUAUAGACACUUUACCAGGCAGUUUUAUUUCCUUGCCUAUUAAGACUCUUUCUAAUGGUUGGUUUUUCUCUCCUUUUCCACACCUUGGAUACAGAAAUGAUUUUUUUUUUACACAGGUGCUUAGCUUUUGCUACCAUGUGAUUCCAGGAAUCUAGGCAGGGUAUUUUCUUAAUCAAAUACUGGAUUUUCACAUGUAAUUGCCCACUUGAAUUUCCACAAUUUCAUUUUAUCCCUUAACUCUGUCUCUCACUUGGCAGAACUACUCUUAACUUUCCCAUUUGGUUUAGUUUUCAGUUUGGGGCAUGUGUAUCUAUCUGGAAUUUGCAGUUAAUGUUUCUCUGCAACUAGGCAAAAAGGAAAAGCCUUUUGAAGUCCAUGGUGGCUUUUUGCAUCCUACAGAAUCUGUUCCUGACUUCUGCCACUGGACGGGAGAGGCUUUUUAGGGCAGCUCCGAUUUCACUCCUGAUGUGACUCUUGAAGCCUGAGGUGCAGACACAUGCUGGUGCUUUAAUCCAGCUCUGGGGGAGGCAGAUUUUAACCCCUGUUGUUUGCACAGAAUGUGUCUGUGGGUUUGUUACCAAUCUGUCAAAGCCCCUGGUUAUUUCAGUUAUUUUGGUAUCAUUGUGCUGGAAUGCACCACAUUGUUUGGGAGUUUGUACUACAAACAUCAGUCAGAACAGAAUAUCUAUUUUUUUUUCUUUAUGUAAGACCUGGAUUGUCCCUUAAUCAUUUCCUCUGGAGUGUGGUGCUGAGCAAAUACUAAUCUGAAAUUAAGCUCAUAACAGGAAGCUCUCAAUUCUGAAAGUAUGACCGUGGUCAUUUGUUCUGCCUUGUGCAGCCAAAGGCUGGGCAGUGUUACUGGCAUCUGAACCAACUCCCCAGUGGAAGUCUGGCAAGUUUUUAUAGAUGGGGGAUUUUGUGAAGCAAUGUGCAUUGGAUUUGUUUGCCAAGUGUGUUUUUUCUGUAAUCUAGUGAUGGUACAGGAUGUGGUUGUUUUUUUGGGUUUUUUUUAAUAGUGUGAUAUCUUUUCUUGGUAUUAUUUUCUCACUGAAGCUUUGUAUAAGCAUGGUUAAUUAUGACUCGUUUCUAAGUAACUUUGCUGUGCUGUUAGUGCUGGUAUUUGGGUGGCAGCUGUUCUAUCUGGAUGCUAAACUUGAGUCUGUGUAGAAAUGUGUCCUAGAAAGAAUUAAAGUGGGUGGGGGCUACCAGGGUGCAGAAAUUCAUACUUUGAGCCUGCUACACAAAACUCUAAAACACUCCCAAUUCAGUUUUACUGAGAUCUCAUGAAAACAACCAGGUAUAUUUUACACUUAUCAGGUGCCAACUUUUUUUUUCUGAGGGUUGGAAGUCCUCAGAAGUGAUGGGGGUGAUGGAUAAGUGUAUGGUGAAUUUGCACUGCAUUUUAUGUAUCAGACUUUAUUGGUAUUAGUAGUCCAGAAAUAUUUUUACUACUUGUUAAAUCUUCUGUCUUUUGGUAACUUUUGUGAUAACAAUGACCUUUCAGGGAUACUUUAUCUAAAAACAACCUCUUGUGCACACUAAAUACAGACAAAGCUAAUGCAAUUUUUUUGUCUGGGAGCAAAACAAUGCAUUAUUGCAUAUGCAUGUGGCUGAUGUGCCUUAGGAUCACUACUUGUGAUUGUAAUUCUAGGAUAUUAGCAUUUUUAUCAUUUGAAUGGCCAUUGCUUAACUCUAACUGAAGGGCUCUUGAGAGCACUGACUUUUACAAAAACUGACCCUCAUACUUCAGAGAAAACAGCUCUUUCUGCUCUUUGUAAGCUUCCAGUUGCCUUCACUGAUGGGUGAGUUUGAACAUAGCUGAUGUAACUAAUGUGAUGUUUCAGUUAUUGCAAGCUCAUAACUGAAGUCCAGCUGCUCAUGGAAAACGUUUUGCCAUUAAUUCUGUGUGUGUGUGUGCACACAAACUGUAAAUAUUUACUUGACUGCUGGUGAUGUUCAAGGGUAAAGGAGAAUGACUGUGGAAAGCUGUUCAAUCCUUUCAGCAACAAACUUGAUGAAACACUAACCUGGCAAGAGCUGUGUCAGUGCUUUCAACCUGUUGCCCUUCAACAGCUUCUCCUGUUCUGUUAUAGCUAAUAAAUUAAUUCUGCUCUGGCUAGGAUGUUUAGAAUUGUACUAAUUUGCACUGUUUAUAAGAUAGUGAGAUUAAAAUGCCAUAGGCAAGCUGAGACUUGAGAGGGGGUGGCUCACGAUGCUUGCCAAAAAAAAAAUUAAAAGUAUAUAUAUAUAAAAAGGAUUUUUGAUGUCUGCUACAAAUAGCAUAAACUUCCCCAAAGCAAUUGGAGUGGAGAAAAAUCCUUUAACUACGACGUGUAACAGGGCUUCAGAGUGUUGGUAGCAUUGGGAAUGCUCUCUUUGGGCAGCACUGUUGGUGCCAGUCUGUGUGUGCAGUCCUGAGCUGGGGCUGCAGUUCUGGCUCCGGGGCUCUCCCUGCCCUCAGGGCUGCUCCCAAAGCAGGUGCAGGGCUUUGUUCCAGCACAGCUGAUCCAGGCAGGUCCCCCUGUGCUGCUGGAGGGAACGGGAGCUGCCCUGGCAGGGACCCGGCCUGCUCGAGGUCCCCGUCCCCAACUCCACGGCCUCAGCCUCUCCUGGGACCGCUCUGCGCUCCAAACUGGAAUCUCGGAGAUGCAGAGCUCAGAGCAGCAAUUCCUGUGCCCUCCCCUGGAGCUCAGAGCAGCAAUUCCUGUGGAGAUGCAGAGCUCAGAGCAGCAAUUCCUGUGGAGAUGCAGAGCUCAGAGCAGCAAUUCCUGUGGAGAUGCAGAGCUCAGAGCAGCAAUUCUGUGGAGAUGCAGAGCUCAGAGCAGCAAUUCCUGUGGAGAUGCAGAGCUCAGAGCAGCAGUUCCUGUGCCCUCCCCUGGAGCUGCCCUGGAGCUCAGAGCAGCAAUUCCUGCGGAGAUGCAGAGCUCAGAGCAGCAAUUCCUGUGGAGAUGCAGAGCUCAGAGCAGCCAUUCCUGUGCCCUCCCCUGGAGCUACCCUGGAGCUCAGAGCAGCAAUUCUGUGGAGAUGCAGAGCUCAGAGCAGCAGUUCCUGUGCAGAUGCAGAGCUCAGAGCAGCAGUUCCUGUGCCCUCCCCUGGAGCUGCCCUGGAGCUCAGAGGGGGCAGAGUCGUCCUGUGCCUGGACAGUUCCUCUGUGUGCCCCUGCGCUGCCUCAGCAAGGGGCAGCUUUGUAUGCUGAGCAAGUUGUGAACAUACAGUGGAGUUGUUUGCAUUAUAAGUCUUUCUGUUAUCUACUGUGUUCUGAUUUUAAAUAAAAUAGCAUAUCUCUUGG